AUGUAUGAUGUAAAUAAGAACUUUUCGAUUUCCGAAACUGUGAACAGAAACAUAGAAAAACACUAAUUUCCUUCUUUUAGAAACCAUAAAUCAUUAAUAGGAUGGUGUUCAAUGAAUUAUCCACGUGUUCUAAAAAAUCCAUUAUAUAUGCCAACGCCUUAACCAAGAGAAGAUCCAACUCAUUUAGAUUAUUUAUAUCAAGUAAGAAUGAAAUAAGAUAUUGAGACAAAAUUUAUAAUAAAGAAACCUUUUUAAAAUCUAAAAAAAAUAAAUAAACCUAUAAUUGAAGAAAAAAUAGGAGUACCUCCUGAUGGUUUUAAAAAUUCCAAUUUAAGUUUAACAACGGUAAAAAGAGAUGCAAGAUAAAAAAUAAUUGAAGAAACAAAUUAAAAUGUUCAAUAGUAUAGUAAUUUUUUACCUAUUUCUGCAGAAAUUCCAUUGUCUAACUUUGAUUAAAAUUUCAGUAGAAAAAUAAGAUAAAUAGGAGAUAUAGUAUUUGAACCUACAUACGAAUCUGAGGAAAUUCGUCAUUUAAAAAAACUACCAAAUUAUGUUUUAACAGAAUAAAAUUUAAUGGAAAUUCUUAAUAGUUAACUUUUAUAUCUUAAUUUAUAAAAUCAUACUUGGAUAUAAAAUGAUUUAUUAAAUAAAAUUGGUUAUUUUGCUAUAAACUUAGAAGAAAUAAAUCUCUCAGGAACUGAAAUUACUGAUGAUAUAUUAUAUGAAAUAGGUGUCUCUUGUGAAAAACUUUAAUCUAUAGAUGUUAGUAAUUGUAAAAAACUCACUUAAAACGGGAUCAAAAAAUUCCUUUCUCAUAAAAAUAAAAUUAUAAAAUUUUUUGCAGCUCAUAAUGAUGAAUCAGUUAAUGAUAUUUCUCUUGAACCUUUGAAGAACGCUAAAAAACUCGAAAAAUUAAAUAUUUCAUUUAAUUUUUAAAUUUCUAAUUAAACUAUAGAUUAUUUAAUUUAAGCAGGCUAAAAGUUUAAAGAACUAUUGUUAUCAAAUCUCGAAAAAAUAAAUGGAGAUAAAUUAAGUAUUGUAUUAGAUAAUUCAGCUGAUAACUUGUAAUAUUUAGACGUUUCAUUUAUGCCAUAACAAGAAAUAAACAAAAAUAUAAUGGAUAAAAUAGGAAAUUGCCGAAAACUUUAAUAAUUAGUAUUAACAGGUUCGAUAAAUAUAGACGAUAAUGGAAUAUAUGGAUUAAUAUCAGGUUAAUAAAAUGUUAAAAAAAUACCUAUUUUUUAACAUCUAUAAAUACUAAAGCUUGGUGGUUUAAAGCAUUUAACAAAUGGAUCUCUUAUUAAAUUAUUUUAAAUAACUCCUAAUUUAUAAUUUUUAGAAUUAAACAAUUUAGAAAGUAUAACUUAAGAAUGUAUUAAUUCACUUAUUAAGUUUGUUCCUAAAUUAGAAAGAGUUUUCUUGAAUUUCACUCCUGCUAUUACUGAUGCCGAAUUAUAAGAAUUUAAAACUACUAAUCCUCAUAUUAACUUUUUGAGAAAUAUUAAUAAAUAAACAGAUCCAAAAGACGAUGGACUUAGAAUGGAUUUCCCUUUGGUAAAUAUGAAAAAACCUAAAAAGAAGAAAAAGAAAAAAAAAUGA